AUGGGAAAUCUUCCGCAAGUUCGAGUGCGUGAAGCCAUUCCCUUCGCCAAUACCGGCGUCGAUUUUUGCGGACCGUUUUACAUUAAAGAGAAAAAACACCGCAAUCGCAUUCGAAUAAAGGUGUACGUUUGUAUAUUUGUGUGCAUGACAAUAAAGGCGGUACACUUUGAAGUAGUGAACGAUUUAACCUCGGACGGCUUCUUAGCAGCCCUGCGACGAUUCAUCUCGAGACGGGGCAUACCAGCCCAAGUUUAUUCCGAUAAUGGAACAAACUUCGUAGGCGCGAACAACCAAUUGAGGGAAAUGUACGCUUUGUUUAACUCCGAUAAACAUAAGAAUACAGUUGAUCGGUUUGCAUGCGAAAACCAAAUUAAAUGGCACUUUAUCCCGCCAGCAGCACCACACUUUGGCGGGCUAUGGGAAUCCACCGUGAAGCUCUUCAAGCAUCACUUCAAACGGGUAGUCGGAGAUGCACUCUUCACAUUCGAAGAGUUAAAUACAUUAGUU